AAAAUGUUGAAGAAAAGAGUUAAGUAUAAACACGGUUGGACGCUGAUCGACGAAAAUAUCGAAAAUGUGGAACGCGUGAAGCUCAAUCCCGAGAUGCAGCGAGAAUUGGGUUGUUUAGUUGGUGAACACGUGUUUCUGGAAUAUCCAUGGGCAUAUGUGGAUCGAAACGUCAUCGCAAAAUACGCUAAAUUGUCGGAUUCGUCGUUGGCACCUUUUCGAGAAAUAAUCGAUAUUUACGAAGCUGACACAUUUCUCGUGGGCUAUUCAUCUAUUCAAUUAAAUUCCGAUGAUUUCGUGAUUUGCCUCACCGAAAAAGCGAAACGCCUUAUUCGGCAACGGAACAAGACCAUUACCGGUAUUAUCUCGCGCAAAGUUAUCGACAGAGUAAUAAAAACCGCAAGAUCAUGGAAUUCGUUGGGUAGCGACACGGAAGUGGAUGAAAAUUUCGUAAGGAAUAGGAGAGAAUUUUUCGAGAUAGAAAUCUUAUUGCCUGGGAGAAUGUUAAAUUCCUCUCGAACGUUAAGCGAUAGAGGUGCAAGUGAUUCCAGGGACAGUUACAUACAACUUGUAAACGAAGACGAGAAGUUCGAAAACAUCGAAAGAAAAUGCAUUAGUAAAGCUAUUCAAACUUGUUUGCAACCUCGAGAAAAGUUUGUUCAAACAUGUCCUAUAUUUCCUAAAAAUGCCUGGACUCAAUAUGACCACGAAGACAUUUUGAAGGAGACACCUGUUGUCGAGGAGAAGAAACAAGUGAACGAGGAAUCGGAACGAAAUAACGAUAAUCGAUCACAAGUAAAAGAUAUCGAUCAGAGUAAUGAAGAUUUAGAGGACGAGAAGCCUAAAGAAAAAACACCUUUGGAAUUAUUUUUGGAAACUCGUUCCCAAGAAAUGAUCGAUGUUAUUAAAUACAACGCGGCUGUUAAUUUGUACGUAGAUGAUAUCGAAAGUUUAUCUAAACAAGAAAACAAAAUUUCAACGAUCGAGUUGGCUACGCUUUCCGAACAAGUGUCGUUUAUUGAUCUAAGUUUUACUGGCAACAAAGCAAUUUCGGAUAUUUCUUUGCAUUCGAAAUUUGAGCACGUGGCAAUCUCGUACAUCACCAUUUCGAAUCGAACUUUAAAAACAGAGUGCUUAAGCGAAGGUGAAUUUCAGACGAGAGUGCUUGUCUGGAAAUUAAACGAUCCUCUUCGUCCACAUCUUGUACUUCAAGAUCACAGAGAAAUUUAUUCCGUUUCCUUUUGCCCAUACAACGACGAUUACGUGAUAGGAGGUUGUUCCACCGGACAAGUGAUUAUUUGGAAUAUCAAUCAUUAUUUGAACAAUAUUUUUGAUAACAAAACUGUCAAAUUUAGAACGGCGCAAAACAACUUGCCAAUUCUCCGACCAACUGUUGUUUCUCACAAGCAUCACUCUCAUCGCCUGCCUAUUCGAAAGAUUCGAUGGAUACCUGCCAAAUACAGAAUAGAGCCAAAUGGAAACUUGACAAGAUCAUCUAUUACUUCUAACAUAGUGUUUCUAACUGUUUCUGAAGAUGGCAUAGUGAUCGUUUGGAACGUUUGUUUUCGAUCGAGACGAACCGUAAAUCACGAUAGCGAAGAUUUCGACGAACUGCUUCAUCCGAUUUUUCGUUUAAAAAUUCCUACUUUUAGCGAGAAUUCACAAUCUUUUAUUCCUCUGUGUUUUUGUCUUGACGAACAGAAUGAAAAUCCACCGGAUACAAACGAUUCAAAGAACAAAGAUUUUAGAAAAUAUUUAUGGUUAGGUUGUGCGGAAGGAUUGAUAAAGUGUAAGUGGGGAGAGCAUGCAUACGAGGGAAAUUUAACGGAUACGGUAGAGUGUAACAUUUUAAAUUGCUCGUAUGUACAUAAUGGUCCCGUUAUAGAGAUCGUACGAUCGUCGCAUGUUCGAGAUGUGCUCUUAUCGAUCGGUGGACAGGUGUUUGCCAUUUGGAACGACGAUCAUAUGGAUUCCCCUUUAUUUUGGAGAAGAACUUCCGCUCGAUAUACGAGUUGUUGCUGGGCCAAUGAACCUGGUGUAUUUUUUCUCGGUAGCGAGGACGGCAAUCUUGAAAUGUGGAAUAUAAACAGUGAUUCGAACCAACCGAUAUUCACGCAAGUCGUGUCUUUGAGAUCGGUUACUUGUUUAAUUCUGUUACCACUAUUCCGUGGCGAAGAUGUAAAAAUGAUUGGCGUGGGUGACCAUGGCGGAUUGUUUCGUGCGUUCAAAGAGGCCGAAAUUUGUCGUGGCAGCGUCACAACGGAAAGAAUGGAUUGGUUCGAGGAAUACGCGUGGAGAGAGACGCGAAGGAAAAAACUUUUCGCCAGUUGGCAGAAUGAUUUUCUCGCUAACGAUCCCGUUGUAAUAGCGAAGAGAUCAGCUAGGCGUGACGAAGAACGUGAAAAAAAGGCAAAAGAAGCGAGGGAAAAGCUUCGAAGGGAACAACAGACACGUUUGAGGCUCGAAGCCGAGAAAAGAGCGCGAAGUGCACCGGUUCCGAAAGACGUUGCAUGGAGGUCGAGGGAAUUCGAUAGAAUGAAACAAGUUCUGUUGAAUAAAAAAAGGAUUGUUCCUACUGAACUCGAGGCGAAAAGGGCUGUUUUCGUUGCUAUGAAAGCAGAAAGGGAUGCGAAAUUGGAAAAAGUUCGAAACAGAAUUGCUCAUAGGGACGAACAUUUUCUUAAUACAAUAUCCGUAGAAUUUCCCAUACUUUCUGAAUCGAAGAUAGAAAGUUCGGAAUUCGAGAAAUUCACUCCGAUAGAACUUGGAAAAUCGAUCGACGAUUACGUUGAAAAAUUUAAUGAAAUACGGCGUAAAGCUAAGGAAAUGUUAACAAAUAAUUUCGCUUCUUAAAUUCUCUUUUUGUUUAAAUAUAGAUAUACUUAUAUAUACGUAUAAGUAAAACUUAAGAAAAAAAAGUGGUAAAUUGAAAUCUUGAUUCAAUAUUGUAA